AUGGUAUACAGACUACGACUUCUGCGAGCGGGGGGGGGGGGGGGGGGGGGGGGGGGGGGGGGGGGGGGGGGUAGAUGGGGGGGGGUGGGGGGGCGGGGGGGGGGAACACACACAACUAAGGGGGGGGGGGGGGGUGGGGGGCUGACAUUUAAUGAGCUGCUAGAGCAGUUGGAUCCUUUACAUUCUUUGUGCCCUUGCGUUCUCGCCCCUCACUACUGUGCUCCUAUCGGUGUCAUCGUGAUCUACGCGCUGCUUCUCAACAGAUGCGGCUUGGGCGCGACGAGGAACCACAUCACAGGUGACACUGAUGGUAGUAGCCUGCGGUGCCUCAAGCAACACUACUCGUGCUCAUCGAGAGACGCCUCUACGAAGAGUGACGACUUACAGACAAACAAAACUAUGCUUGAUGAGUCUAUUGACACUGCAAGCAACGCAGGAAUAACUUGCAAGAACGGGCCGACGUUCUCACAGGUUUUAUCUCAAGUCAUGCUGGAGGGGGGCGAGGGGGGGGGGGGGCGGGGGGGGGGGGGGGGGGGGAGCCUCAUGACCCCACUUGGAAUAGACGCAGCGGAUUACAUUCUCUGUGCUUUACCUGGACUGUGGGUAAAUCCGGGUUACACAUGCCUAUUUGAUUUUUCAAACUUUCAGUUCGCUGCGAUUGAGCAAUGUUUGACCAAGUACCUACAAGCACAGAACACGGUGUAUCCACCUCUAUGGAUUGGAAUAACUGGAAAUUGCUUGAACGUGCUCCUUCAUUACGUGCUGCUCUUUGUGAUAAAAGUUGGUGUCCGCGGAUCGGCUUUCUCUCAAGUGAUCACGCACGUGUUCCAAUGCGCAUGUCUUGUGGUAUACGUCAUCGAAAAAGAGAAGAAAAGUAGUACCUGGACAGGUAUUUCUUCAAAUCUGUGGUUGGACUGGGGCAUUUGGUUUAAACUGGCGUUACCGGGACUGAUCAUGGAGGCAAUGGAGUGGACAAUUUUUGAACUUGGAACCUUCAUUGCAGGAACCCUCAGUCGACAGCAAUUGUCCGCACAGAUAAUUCUUUGCAACAUCGAAGAUAUGCUUAUAAUGCUAGUUCCGCUAGGUGUUGGAAUGGCCACCAGUCUUCGUGUUGGUCAGUAUCUCGGUGCUGGAUCCGCUGUAGGUCCAAAAUCGGUCAUAUCCGUCGCAUUGAUAACGGUUUGGUUCCUGACCUCGAUGUUCGCAACGGGGAUAAUAUUACUAAGAUGGCAACUUCCGAAAGCGUUCACCUCAGAUAGUGCCGUCAUCGAAUUGGCUGUUAAUUUGGUUCCCAUAAUUGCCGUCUUGCAAAUAUUUGAAGCAACAUCGAGUGUGUGCAUGGGAGCUAUUCGUGGAGCAGGUUUACAAUUCAUCGGUGCGAUCACGUGCUUUUGCUGCCAGUAUUUGUUGGGAGCAUCGACCGCAGUGCUGCUUGUUUUUCUAGCUUUAUACGGCCUAGAAGAUACGAUUAAGAAUUUCCUUAAUCCGCCUGAAUAA